AUGCCUCUGCGCUCAACACACGGCGCAACUAGUGGUGUGAUGGGCUCAAGCAGACCUGCUUCUGAGGCCCCGACACAGUCAAUGGGUUUUGCGAGCGCCGCGAGCUUGUCAGCGACGCAUCCUGGAUAUGCUUCUGCUGCCAUGUCCAAUGCUCCAGGACUCGACCUCGCAGACUUUCCCGCGCUAGGAUCGCAGGCACCGCAGUCUUCUACCACAAACUCUUCGAAUGCUAGUGGUAUGUUUUCGACAUACGCAAGUCAUGCUGGUACAGGUGCUUCGAGUUCGCCCAUGAUGAUGUCUCGGGGGGGCGCACCGUUUAGCCAGGAAGACUUUCCGACGCUUCAUCGUGCCCAUGCAGCAGCGGCAGCGGCAGCACAGGAUUCGCGCAGCACACACACAGGCAUGUCAUAUGGGCCUGAGCAAAGUGCUCCUUCUUGGCAGCAGGAUCCACAGUCAGGGGCAUCACUCGCACAGGAUCUUCGAAAGCAGGGACUGCACGCCCCAUCUCCGGCGAACCAAAGUACCGCCUCCAUGGUCACGGCCGGUGCGCCAAACACUGCGCAAUCGCAAGGUAUGUGGAUGCAGUCGUACGGCUCGCAGCCCCAAUUCAAUCGGAUAAAUCUCGCACGCAUGCCUCAUGACAAUGCGACGGGUGCAGACGGCUCGCAUGCAGCUGUUUUAAGCGCACUCAAUUCAAAUCACGAUGCCAUGCAACGCACAAAGGUAUCGAAUUCUGCCUAUGGCACUGAAUCGGCACACUUGCCAAUCCACCAAGUCCUUACCUCGCCCGUGGACCGCUUUGGGCUCGUGGGCCUUGUGGGCCUGAUAAAGACGCAGAACCCUGACGUGGCCAUGCUUAGUAUGGGAAGCAAUCUUCAAUCGCUCGGGAUGAAGCUAGAUGCGUCCGAUUCAUUAUCCGCCUCGUUUGUCACGCCGUGGUCUCACGACCCUGCUGCUGCGUCCUCACAAGUGGAACCAGCGUACCAACUGCCAGCUUGCUAUAAUGUCCAACCGCCACCAGCUCAAACCAAGGUCGCUAGCUUUAGUGACGAGUCGCUGUUUUUCAUUUUCUACUCGACACCUCGGGAUGCGCUACAGGAAGUAGCCGCUGCAGAGCUAUAUGCGCGGAACUGGCGAUACCACAAAGGCCUGCAUCUAUGGCUGACCAAAGAUCCAAAUAUGGAACCUUUGCAAAAAACACCGACAUACGAGCGUGGUACCUAUGUAUUCUUUGAUCCUGGAUCAUGGGACAAGGUCUCGAAAAACUUUGUGCUAAUGUAUGAAAUGCUGGAGGAAAAGCCGACCUCUCAAAACAUACUCACAGCGGCUUCUGUCCAUGGCACAGCUGCUGCGAGGUCAGCGCCAACACCCACACCUACCACGGUAGCCGUAGCCGCAGCUCACGCGGCUGUGGCUCCGCAUGGCACGCAAGCCGUUGCGCCCACGCAUGGGUCGCCGAUGCCAUCCUCCAACCAGGCAUCACCGCAGCCAUCUUUCUCGUAG